AUGGGAAUGUUAAAGGGCGACUCUACUGCGUUGAACUUUGACCAAUUAAUGGCACAGGCUACGCAAGUAGCAAAGCAACAGGAUGCUUCCUUGAUGGAACGUGCAAGGCAAAAACGACGUGAAGAUGAAGAGAGGCGACGAAGAGAGGAAAGGGCUCUUCGGGAACGUGAGGAGGCUCAAGCACAGUUAGUCAGGAAGCGUGAAAUGCAGGACAAGAAGCAGAAAUCAUUGAUUGAUCAAAAAAAGCAGAUGAGAGGACAAGAAAAGAAAAAGAUGCAGGCAGAAAAACCAGUAAAAUCACGCACGAACAAUGCAUUCAGUAAUAUCAAAUCAACAUCGGCAAGUAGAAAGAAUGCUGCCAUCUUAUUCCCUGAGAAGAAGAAACCGGUUCACAUGUCAUUUGACGAUUUGAUGAAGAAGGCGAAAGAGCAGUCUGUCAGUAAAGGAGGCAGUAAAGACAAAGCAACAACUCCUCCCCCACCAAAGAAAUAUGGAACGUACGAGAGCAGAGGGUCAUCCGGUAGCGAUAGCAAUACCCCUACUAUCUAUAAUCGCAUCAAAAAGCCUGAGCCCACAAAAUCAUCGCCAGCACAUCUUGAAGAUAGUGUGUCAGCUAGAGAGCGUGCUAGGCAGCUUGUAUCAGAACCACCGAAGAAGGUCAAUGCUCAGAAACGAGACCGUCGUUCGAUAGCAGAAAUACAAAGAGACAUUCGUCGUUCAAAAGGCAUUCGAUCUGAUGAUGAAGAUGAGAGGCCCCGAGAUUCUAGAUUGAGUGGAAGCAGCAAUAAAUCCAGCAAUAGAUUCCCACCACCACCUUCUGUUUCAGCACCUGCUCGAAGAAGACCUGCAUCGCCUCCUCCCAGACCAAUUGCAAAACGCCCAGCACCUACCGCAGAUAGAAGGCCGCCUCCACCUGCAGUGCGACGUAUGCCAUUCUCUGGUAGACCAUUAGAUCCAGCGGCUCGAAAAUCAAGUGUACCACUUCGAAGACGUUACCGUGAUGAGGAAGAGGACGAGGAAGACGAGGAGCUGGCCUCUUUCAUUGUGGAUGAUGAUGAGGAUGAUGAUCCACGAUAUGCUAGAGGACCUCGCAGAAAUAGUUAUUCAGACGAAAUCAGUAAAAUCUUUAGAUACGAUAGAACCAGAUAUGCAAAUGAUCCUGUGUACUCUGAUGAUGAUAUGGAGGCGGAUGCCAGAGAUGUAUUGAGAGAAGAAAAACGAAGCGAGCGCAUAGCUAGACGUGAAGAUCAGAUCGAAGAGCAGAAGGAGCUGGAGCGUCUAAAGAAGCGAAAAAAGAACUAA